AUGCCACAACGUACGCCAUCGCAGCGUCUGAAGCGUGGCCAAGACACCGUCGUCAAGGUCGAGACCGAAGCGGCCUCGAAGCCCAAAAAGUCGCGCCCUCACGAAGUCGACGACAUCUUCGCCACGGCCAAGCCAGAUGCUCGUUCACAAUCGUCGACCAAGGCACACCUGUCGCGCACGUUGGACUCUGCUAAAAUGGAAUCAUCAUCAUGGCGUCACUCGCCGGCCGAAGAGCGCCCAUCCCGCUCGUCGAAGGUCGAUGAGAGCCGCCAGCACGCCCAGCCGAGCAAGUCGAAGCACGACCUCCGUCAACGCGACCUCUCGCGGGCUAGCAGUGUGGCCUCGCGUCAGCAGAAGCUGCCACUCGAACGUCGCCCCGUCGACGAGCGCCAGGAGGCCAUGAAGAAGGAGAAGGAACGCCGCGAGCUCGAGCAAAGCCGUCGUGACGCGGCCAUGAAGAAAAAGUCGGGCGUCGAGGCGGCGUUCGAUCGAAAGGUGAAGAUGACGCCAAAGUCCAAUCCGAAGAUAUCCAUCGAUCUGAUCGCCAACUGCCAGAAGCUGCUCGCCCCGCGCCCCGCAUCUGGCGAUAACAACAACACCACCACUGAAGCCACUGAUGUGCCGCGUAGCUCGAUUCGCGCCAAGUCGCAGCCGGCGGGCGUCAAUCUCACCUACUCGACCCCGGAGCCGAUCUGUGUUUAUGGCGAUUCGGAUUCGGACACGCCGAAAUACGACGAGGAGAUCGACCGUCGUCAGGGAGAGCUCGACUUCCCGACUCCCGAAUAUGGCGCGAAGCAGCAA